GGAAUUGCAAAAAUAUUUACUGAAAAAAAUUCUCCUGAAAAUUACCGAAAAAUAAAUUGAAAUCGAGAAUUUUUCUAAAAUGAAUAUUGUUGAAUCGAAAGAGUAGCAUUUAAUCUUUGUAUUCUUUUUCUUUAGAAAACAACUUUAAUAAAAGCAGAAGACCAAAUUAUUUGAGAAAUUUAACAUCGAUUUUCUGUAGAUUUCAUUUUAUACUCGUGUCUAAACAGAAAAUACAUCAUUUAUUGUUAACACAUACACACAAAAAUGUCCUCUUCUGGUUAUUCGGAUUCGCCUGAUGCUAAAAAACCUUGUAAAGGUAUCCUAAAAUCUUCCAGUUUCGACAAGCAAUGCGGUUCUGGUGGAGGCAAUAACAGAAAAAGUGCUAAAUUUGAUGAAUUAAAUGUUCUACAAACGUAUCAUCCGCCAGAUAAAGAUUAUGGGCACAUGAAGGUUGAUGAACCUAAAACACCCUUCAAUUAUAUUGACCCUGCACUUGCUGAAGUUGAUGAACUAGAUGCAAAUUUAUUAGCUGAAAAGCUUAAAGUUGCUAGUGAAACAGCAGAAACUGUUCGAAGAGCUUCGAUUCAUUGUGAAGAUUCGUCAGAGGAUGACCAGCCAGAGACAGAAGAAGAGAAAGCACGACGAAUAGAAUUUGAGAAACGUCGUAAACUUCACUACAAUGAAGCAAGCGCAAUAAAACUCGCCCGAAAGCUUAUUGAAGAAGAGAUUGAGGAUGAAGAUUUACAGGGUGAAGCAGCUGGCGGAUGCAACAAAAUUGAAGAAUCAAAUAAUGAGGAUAUUAAAGAAGCAACUGCUCAAUCAAUUGAAAAUAGAAUUGACGAUUGCCAGUCUCAAGCUGCUUCAAAUCCCUAAAUUCAUUUUGCUUUUCACUCACAAAAUUCUUUCAUGUCAUUUAUCUUCAUCCAGCCGCAAAGGCUUUAAAAUCUGAUUUUUUUUUGUUGUCUAUGCAUCAAUCCACUUAAAUUAUUCUCUUUGCUUCUUUUUAUUUAUAUCUUUUGUCAGUCAUUCAUCCCGUUCAUAUUGAGAAAGGAUUUCUACUUAAUAGUGCCAGCAAUUUCUAUAUUUUAUAUUCAUGAGACGGAUUGAAUUGAAAGGAUCAAUUGUGUUUAAAAGAGAAUCGAAAAGAAGUCAUCAUUAUUUUGAUAACAUUUUGAAUUCAUUCAAAAAUAAAUAUCUACGAUUUAAGACACUAAUAUUAAGAAAAUUUUCUUGUUUUUGAUAUUUCUCAGUCGCCAUCAAACUUUGAUUAUUAUUUAAAUAUUUAACUCGAGGUAUACUAACUUUUACCUUAUCACUCAUAUUUUUGCAAAAUCAAAAAGCUAACGCGAGUGACUUCCAAAAAAACAAAAUAAUCGACAAUUGACAUUUUCAUAUUUUGAUGUCAGCAAUUAAAUUAUUAUUUAAAAAUUGAAUUAAAAGUUUCCGAACUUUCUAAUUUCUUCCAACUCUUCGGCCAAACCAAAACUAAUGAUCUUUGUUUCUGCAAAUUUAGAUAUUUUGUUUCAUAUACCUACUAUUGCGAAUUCACCUACUUUAAAAAAUUCUUGUAUUCAUUACGCGAAUAAAGUUUUAAGUUUUGACGAAAGAAUUUCAAAAUCGCAAACGAUGUAAAAUCAUAAUAUGGAGAUAAUUAUUUAAUAAAAUAAAUCAUUUUAGACCAGACAAACAAAAUUUGAAAUUUUUGUAAAA